CGGGGCGCGCGCGGGCGCAGGAGCUGAGUGGACGGCGCGUGCGGCAGCUCCGGAAAGCGGGGAGUUGGCAGAGCUGGGCUGCAUUUCCAGCAGGAGCUUCGAGCGCAGAGCCGGCGCACAACAAGAUGCUCAAGGUGUCAGCCGUACUGUGCGUGUGUGCAGCCGCUUGGUGCAGCCAGGCUCUCGCAGCCGCCGCGGCCGUGGCUGCGGCCGGGGGGCGGUCGGACGGCGGUAAUUUUCUGGACGAUAAACAAUGGCUCACCACAGUCUCUCAGUAUGACAAGGAAGUCGGACAGUGGAACAAAUUCCGAGACGAAGUAGAGGAUGAUUAUUUCCGCACGUGGAGUCCAGGAAAACCCUUCGAUCAGGCUUUAGAUCCAGCUAAGGAUCCAUGCUCAAAGAUGAAAUGUAGUCGCCAUAAAGUAUGUAUUUCUCAAGAUUCUCAGACUGCAGUCUGCAUUACUCACCGGAGGCUUACACACAGCGCGAAAGAAGCAGGUGUAGGCCAUAAGCAGUGGAGGGGUCUCACACCACCCGCCUGCAGUCAGUGCCCCAUGCCCUACACUAGCCCUGUGUGUGGUUCUGAUGGUCAUUCCUACUCUUCUCAGUGCAAACUGGAAUAUCAGGCAUGUGUCUUAGGAAAACAAAUCUCAGUCAAAUGUGAAGGACGUUGCCCUUGUCCUGCAGAUAAGUCCACAAGUACAAGGAGAACUGUUAAGAGAGCAUGCAGUGACCUGGAAUUCAGGGAAGUGGCAAACAGAUUACGGGACUGGUUCAAAGCCCUUCAUGAAAGUGGAAGCCAAAACAAGAAGACAAAAUCAUUACUGAGGCCUGAAAGAAGCAGAUUCGAUACAAGCAUUUUGCCAAUUUGCAAGGACUCACUUGGCUGGAUGUUUAAUAGACUUGAUACAAACUAUGACCUGCUGUUGGACCAGUCAGAGCUUGGGAGCAUUUACCUUGAUAAGAAUGAACAAUGUACUAAGGCAUUCUUCAAUUCUUGCGACACAUACAAGGACAGUUUGAUAUCAAACAAUGAAUGGUGCUACUGCUUCCAGAGACAGCAAGACCCACCUUGCCAGACGGAGCUCAGCAAUAUUCAGAAGCGACAAGGGGUAAAGAAGCUCCUGGGACAAUACAUCCCCCUGUGUGAUGACGAUGGUUACUACAAGCCAACACAAUGCCAUGGCAGUGUUGGGCAGUGCUGGUGUGUUGACAGAUAUGGAAAUGAAGUAAUAGGAUCCAGAAUAAAUGGUGUUGCCAAUUGUGCUAUAGAUUUUGAGAUCUCUGGAGAUUUUGCAAGUGGAGACUUCCACGAAUGGGCUGAUGAUGAAGAUGAUGAAGAAGACAUGAUGAAUGACAAAGAAGAAAUUGAAGAUGAUGAUGAAGAUGAAGGGGAUGAUGAUGACGAUGAUGAUGAUCACGAUGGAUACAUUUGAUCAAUGAGACCUGCAGUCAAUAAAUUCCACAUUUCUAAUAUUUACAAAGUGACACCCUAUUGAGAAUUACCAUUUUUCCCCAAAACAAAAUGAUUCUAGACCUCACAUCUAUUUUGUAUAAUUAUCUCAAAUAUUGAAGCUAAAAGUUAUAGAACUUUAUGUUUAAAUAAGAAUAAUUUAUUGUCAGUUUUUAUAUGCCUUAGAGAAAAAGAAAAUACAUAUGGAGGAUAGCCAGGCAAAAGAAAGUUGUGAAGAGCUACUACAACAAAUUUUUCAUAAAAAAUAGAAAACUUUGUGAAUGUUCCACAAAGUAACAACCAAUAUGGCUUGGGAACCUAUGUGCUGUUUUUACUCUAAGAUACUCUAGGCUAGAUUUACGAUAACUUGUGUGUGACCUGGAACCCAAAGAUUUUAUAAAGUUAUGCAUGACCUUAAUCACAAAUCCAAGUAGCAUCUUCCCAAAUGUCAGGGUCCAUGAGUGAGAUACCACAUAGUUGGAUAAACAAAAUGACCAUUUUACAGUCCUUAUUAACAGUGAGUUUUUGAUUAUGAUGUUUUCUGGGUAUGAUAGGAUAUUUUAUAAAGUGGCAAGUAUGGAAAAUAAUGGAUUCUGAAAGUUUAAAAAUCUUAGUUUUUCUAAUUUUUAUUUUAAUUUUAAUUGCAGUCUCAUGUAUAUUUUAAUAUUUUCAAACAGCAUGAUUUCCAUAUUCCUCUAUCUUUCUGACCAGCAAUUUAAGGAUAUCCUUUAAGUUAGAGGACAAACAAAAAAGAUUCAUUUCUGCCAUAUUUUCAGUAACAAUUUUUCAUUUGCCUUAUGGUCAAUUUUUAAAAUGUUAAUUCUGAUUUUAUUUACUGUUUCAGAUAAAAAUUUGUAUUUAAUCUUAGAAUUACGCCAUUUUUGUUAGUAGUACCAAAAUUUAGAGAACGUAUUGUAUGGCGCCUUGCAAAAGAAAUAGAAAGGUUUAGCAUGAAUACCAAUAUAGGAUAUUAGGCAAUAUUUAAAUACACCUAAUUAACAAAUUAACACAGUAAAGGUACUGCUGCUGGAAUGAAGAAAAUGGAAUAUGUUUCUUUCUUUUUUUUUUCUUUUGUUACAUAAUUGCCAUGUGGACUUGUUUAUAAUUAAUGUGAAGAGUGGCAUUUAAGAUUUAACUAUAGCAAAAAUUACUUUAAUUGCUAUAUUUUAGUUAGCAUGUUAAUUGUGUAGACAUUUUGGCACAACAUCACUUUUAAGUAUAUCAGACCAACGAUUUAGUGCCCAUAAUAAAAAUGGAGAAAAUUGUUAAAUGAUACACAAUGGUAUCUUUAAUUUCAACAGUAGAUUAACUGGUUUAAUAUUAUAAUAUUCAUUGAAAACAAAACUGUUGGGUUCUGUCCAUUUAAUUUAUACACUCUAAAUAAAAUCUUUAAUGUUGACCUUA